AUGCUCAUUGCACUACUUUUGUACAGUAUUGUUGGCGCAGUCUGUUUCGUUGCGCUUGAGCAGCAGAACGAGCACGCUCGGCGCAAUUUGCUCAGGACCGAAGCGCUGCUUCGUAGCGAAAUCGCUAAAAGAGAAUUUAUCCAGGAAAUUAAGGUUCUUUCUUGCUUGUUUUUUUUUGCGGAAUGCGCAUUGUAUUAUCCGCUGUGA